UGGGCGUGGCGUGGCGGCGGGGCGCGGCGUGCUCCCUCGGGGUCCCGGCUGGCCGACACUCGGCGGCCACGGCGCGAUGGAGUCGCCGCUCGAACUGCUGGCCGCGCUACCCGCGCUGAUCACGGCGCUGGCGCUGCUGUUCGCCUGGCUGCUGCUGCGGCGUGGGGCGGCCAGGGCUCCGGAGAGCACUACCCGGGCCGGGGACCCCGGGGCUCCCGCGCCGCCUGAGCCUCCCGAGCCCUGCGCCCUGGAGCCCCCAUCCGUGGGACCGUGCCAGUUCGAGCGCCUGGCGGAGCCGGAGGAGGAGGAGCCAGAGGCCGAGGGGAGGCAGGAUGAAGACUCAGACAGCGAGAUGGGACCACCCACUGAAGAACCUGAGGAAGAAGCCGGAGCAGCCUUCUCCUUUAAGUACAGCCCUGGGCAGCUGAGGGGAAGCCAGUACAAGAAGAUGAUGACCAAAGAAGAACUGGAGGAGGAACAGAGAGUUCAGAAAGAACAGCUGACUGCCAUCCUUAAACUCAUGAAGGACAACAAGGACACCUUUGGCGAGAUGUCGGAUGGGGACAUGCAGGAGCAACUCCGACUCUAUGACAUGUAGGCCUGUCACCAGGCAAGGCGUGACCCAGGACAUCCCGAUAACCCUGAGGAACUUGGUCCGGGCAGUUGUGACUUUAUUUGAAGAGACGGUCUUAUAAAAACAGACAGACCUGUGUUAUAUAAGGAUCUGCUUGGUCCCUGCAAUGUAUAUAUCCUGCCAGAGGAAUCGACAUUAUUUCUUCAGAGGAGGAAACUUCCCCUGCUCCCUCUGGCUUCGGCUUGCUAGUGAGGGUCCAGCUGUGCUGUGUUCUACAGACUCAGGGCGGGAGGGCCAGGAGAGAUGAUGGGGGUUUGGAGCUUGGGACCUAAGUACUCGGUGUAGACAAAAUACGGGGUGCUAUAGGGGGGAUAGGCGUCUUCUAGUAACACCACAUUCUUCAUUCUGCCCUAGGGGUAUUUCUGGAAGCAUCUCGGGUGGCUGCUGAAGCAAGCAGUAGAGGAGCAAUAUUUUAGCAAAAGUCUGAUUGAACUGCUCAGCCGUCACCCUGGGGCAGAACAGUGGGCCGCUGCUGAAGUCUGUCUUUAGUAUAGUCAUGCCUCGAGCGUGUUUGCACACAGGGGAUUAUGGUCGACACACAGCAGGGGUAGAGCAUGUGUGUCCUAAGUUCAAGGCCUCCGAGUUUCAGCACCAGACACCCUCCCCACCCCCACACCCCACCCUGGACCCAAAAGACAACCCGAUUGGUACCUUUGGUGAGACCAGUGGCCUUUAGAAAAUGAGAAACUACCAGAAAGCAUCCAGGGAAGUUCUCCAGUGUCCUCUUAAGUGCCAAAGCAGACCGCUCAGUGACAAUGGUGUUGGGAACCAUAGUCCACAUCUUGUCCUACUUUUUAUCACCCCACUUGCCAGAAAGUUCAUAGCCCAAGCAGACUGAAUCAAGGGUAUCCUAAGACAGAAGGAGGAAAUGUUUUUGUUUUUGUUUUUUGUUUUUUGUUUUUGUUUUUUGUUUUUUUGUUUUGUUUUGUUUUGUUUUGUUUUUUUUUGUUCUUUUUUUCGGAGCUGGGGACCGAACCCAGGGCCUUGCGCUUCCUAGGUAAGCGCUCUACCACUGAGCUAAAUCCCCAGCCCCAUGUUUUUGGUUUUUGUUUGUUCGUUUCUUUGUUUCUUUUUCCAGAUAAGGCUUCUCUGUGUAACAUUCACUGGCUGGCUGUUCUGGAACUUGCUCGGUAAACCAGGCUGGUCUGGAACUCACAGAGAUCCAUCUGCCUCUGCCCCCAAGUGCUGGGAUUAAAACCUUGUGCUGCCACCACCUGGCCAGUAGGAAAGUUCUUAAGGUCCGAUUUUAUUUGCUAAAAUAAAACUGAAUGGAUACAGAGACAUAGCUCGGAAUGUGGAGGCCAGAGUUAACCUUUUAAAGAUUAACUUUCUUUCUAACGGAGUCUGGAUUGCGUAUGUGAGCUCAGGUGUCUGGAGAGAGGGCUCAGCCAAGGGUGCUCUUCCACAGGACCUCAGUGCAGUUCCCACAGCCCAUGGCAGGCAACCCACAGCCUCCAGUUACUCCAGCUCCACGGUGUAGGAACCUCCUCCUCUCCUUGCCUCCACGGGUACCACACUCAUGUACACGCUCGCGCACGAAUGAUGAAAUAAAUGUAUCCGCAGACUCA